AAAUGGCAACCUACAUCAUGCGAUGCCAAAGGAAACUGUCCGAAGAAUGUGCUCAAUUAAUUCGGCAAAUAGUCCUGCAGAAACGUGCUGGUGCAGUGAAGAAUAAGCAAUUUUCGUGUUAUUCAAAUCUUCAAGGAUCCCAAAAAGAUGCUUCAGAUCUAUUCCGCACUGAUGAAGUCCAGGGGAUCUUGACCCGCAUCACAGGGAUGGAUCUAUCAAAGGUUUUCCGUCAUUCUAAACAGAAGCUAGAGCCUCCAACUUACAGACUUAUUGGUGAUACUAAGCUGAAAGAGUUGGAGGAAGAGGCUAAAAAUGAAGCAAAGAAGCGACUACAAAUGCCUCCUGUCUUGGAUGAGAGGGAGGAAAUAACAGAUAUUCUAUCAGAGAACCCAGAACUGGAAGGACUAGACUCAUCCAAGUUUGUCUUUACAGAUAUCACUUAUGGCAUUAAAGACAGGGAACGCUUCAUUGUAGUGCGAGAGCCAAGUGGUACAUUACGCAAAGCAACAUGGGAAGAGCGUGAUAGAAUUACCCAGAUUUACUUUCCUCGACCCUAUCGCAAUCUCGUACCACCACCUUUGUUUGAUGAUGAGAAUCUAUCGGUCAUGUUUUGUCAGGAUCGCCAUCAGGAUUUGUUAGAUGCAGCAUGUGUUCAGUUUGAGCCAGAUGCUGCUGAUUUCAUCAGGGUCCAUCAGCAAGCCUAUGAGGAUAUAGAUGCUAAGGAGAAGUAUGAUCUUCUAAGAUCAACCAGGCACUUUGGUGGUCUGGUCUUUUACCUCACAAGAAACCAACGAAUAGAUGGCAUGUUGAGUGACAUGGUCCAGAGAAACUUGAUUUCAGAUGGAGUAGACUUGGUUCGAUUGUACCAUCUUUUGCAUCCUGAGUGCCAAUCAUCAGCUGAAGUCCGUACCAAGGAACUUGAAGGAAUUGAUAUUAUAAAGGCAUUCAUUGCAACUGAUGCUAAGCGGAAAGGCAAUUUGGAAUUGGUACUUCAAGUCUAUGAGAAUGAACGAGCCUCUUGGAAUGCCACGACAGAUCAUCAAGGAAUUGUUGAGACACAGAGAUGAGUAAUAUUUCUCACCUUCACAAGGCCAAUUCUCGGCCGCAUAAAUUGCCUUUGAUCCAAAGUUGGGCAAGCAUUACUUGGAGUUGUCAAUGAGCUGUGUACAGAACACCUAACCAAAUCACUGAAAAGAUCCCUGUUGAACCUUUAGUUAUACUAUUUUGUAAAAUAAAAAUUACAGUUUAAAAUUUUAAGCUGAAUUUAAAUUGAAGAUAUGAAUAUUGCUGUGUUCCUCAUAUCUUGUAUGUACUAGGGAACUUCUCUAAAGUACCAUCCAAUCAAUAAAUGUGAUCAAACUGGUUUUUUUUAUUCCUUUUUUUCUACACCUACAGUUGUGAUGGAUAUGAGCACUACAUAAAUAUCCACUAUUAUUAUAAUUACACCUUUCAAACAACUUCAAUAGUAGCAUAUUAGCAAAUACAUCUGGCUUGUUCAAAGAGCAAGGUGUGGUAUAUCUCACACACCCAGUGCUGAAGUUCUGUAUUUUUCAUGAUUGAAUGGAGUGACAAUUUUGGAUUUCACGUUCUGUCAGGAUGAUAAUCGGGAACCAUGGAUGGCUGUCCCCUGAUUCAGAGUUGUACAAUCUAUUUUGUAAGAUUACCUGUUUUCGAGAACUACGUUUUCACAAAAGAUUUGUUCAGGAAAUGGGAAAGAAGUUUUGAAAUUCUGGUAAAUUUUGGUGAAAUCUUUGUAAAAUUUCCCAUCAAAACUACACGCAAGUAGUAUCAACCUCAUUUACAGGGCAUUUUUCCAUAUUUAUUUCAUUCUGUAAAGAGUAAUACAUACAUUUAUUUCAUUCAAGGCAUAGUGCAACUCUGCUGAAAUGCAAUACGACAAAUUUUGAACACAUAGUACAUUGUUUUAUUUUCCCAUCUCUUGGAGCAUUGAGUGAAAAAUCUUUUUACUACAGGCAAAAAUCAUCAAAUAGAGAAGGCCUGUCAACCAACUUUGACUAUUGACUAAGUCCCAUCUGAAGAAGCUCUACAGAAGUUUGUAGGAGAUUAAUGGAUAAAACCAUCUAA